AUAUCCUUGAGAAUGUAUGAGGCGAUAUAGAUCUAAAAACUUUCGUCGGAUAUUGGCUUCAUUGUUACCACUAUGGUGUAUACUUCACAAAUUCUACUCAUGUUGUUGUUGAUUAUAGUCAAUACAGAUUACAGCCUUCCAUUGGUUUGCUAUUCAUGCAGAGUAUGUCCAGGACCAUUCGACCCUUCAUCUCAAACAGUCAGGAAUUUAAGCAGCAGUAAAUGGCGUACAACUGUAACCGAAAUAUAUCACAUUCAACGUUGGAUUAUAUCAUUAGAGAGUUCACCAACUUGUUCAGAAUCAACAAACAUUUAUAAUUGUGGAUUUACUUUACUGGACCUAAUCCUAACACGCGACGUCUGAUCAAUUUAAGUAACGUCCCCAAUUUUUAUCGUAUUUGUGACAAUUAAUUAUAUAUAUUAAUAUUACUAUUGAUUUUAAUAACUUUGUUUAUAUUUUUUUGUGUUCAUAUCUGUUUGGUCCACCACAAUGUAAUUCAUCGGAUCCUACAUAUAAAUAUCAUAACAUUCACAUGUGUUUUCAUUAAUAAAAUGCAGUAAAUUGUAACAAACAUUACAAUUUGUCUUAAUCAAACAUUUAAAAAUAACCUUACCUCAAUUUUAGACAUGUUUAUAUCUCUAUGAUAAAAUGCUAACUCUUCAUUCGUACAUAUAUCUUAUAUAUCAGUAACUUUCGUUUAUUGCAUUCUAUCUUUUUAUUAACAUAAUAUUUUAAUGGCUAGAUUUGUAACUAAGUUUUAUAUUGAUAUAUUAAUUAAAUUGUUUGUUAAU